AAUAUUGUGAAUCGUGUUUUGAAAUUAAAAAACGAUGUGCCACUGACGGUUGCAAAACACCCUGUCGGGCUGAAAGAAAUAGUGCAAGACUUUAAGAUGAACACACUCCAAUCUGCCCGAGGUGAUGCACGAAUUGUGGGAAUCUGGGGAAUGGGUGGCUUUGGCAAAACCACGCUUGCCAAAGAGUUAUACAACAAAAGAUUGCCAUCCAUGGACAGAUGCAGUUUUGUUUUUGAUGUUAGAGAUAGUGCAGCCAAAGGUCUAUUGCAUAAAAAGCAAAUUCAACUCCUCAAAGACCUUGUGGUCCAAAAUCAAACAUUUGACAAUACAGAGGAAGGUAAGGAAAUUCUUACUAGGCAUUUGAGAUCUGUUAGGGUCCUCUUUGUUUUUGAUGAUGUGGAUCAUAUUGAUCAAUUGGAUGCUCUUUUGUCCGUAAAAGACCGUCUUGGAGAGGGUAGUCUCAUAAUUGUUACAACACGGGAGCGUGAUGUUCUUAAUUCUUGGGGUAUAUUUUCUGUAUAUAAAAUGAAAGCACUUCACUCAUCUUUUGGUGAGCAGAUUUUUUGUUGGCUUGCUUUCUUACGACCUUGUCCUCCGAAUGGAUUUAAUGAGCUUGUUAAAAAGUUUGUAGAGGCUUGCCAUGGAUUGCCCUUGUCUCUUAAGGUAUUUGGGGGACAACUAUAUGGAGAGUCUUGUGAGGAACAUUGGAAGUCUUUUUUGGAAAAGAUCUCAGGAAUAUUGCCCGAUGAUAUAAAAAGGAGACUCAACAUAAGUUAUGAUACCCUUGAUGCUGAAGAGAAAGAGAUGUUCCUAGAUAUUGCUUGUUUCUUUAUUGGGGAGAAAAAUAGUUUAGAAAAAUAGUUUGGCAAUUGAAGUGUGGAAUAGUUUAGGGUGGAGUGGUUUGCAUAGUUGGGAAAGACUCCAAAAUAAGUGUUUGAUUGAGUUGGACAAUAAAAAUCAGAUAACAAUGCAUGACCAGUUAAGAGAUUUGGGAAGAGAAAUUGCAAAUCAACAUUCACCUUAUUGGCUUUGGCAACCCCAACAUAUUGUCAAUGCUCAUAAACAAAUAGAGAAACGAAAUGCCAUUCAAGGAAUAAUGGCGGAUAGAAUGGAACUAGAGAUCAGGCGUCAUCGGGGUGAAUCCAUGGAUAAUAUAUGUGGAGUAAUAUCGUCACUUGCACCCUCUCUAGCUGAACUAAAUGUUUUGGUGAUUAGAGGAGGUUAUUGGAAUCAUGUAAUCGGUCAAAUAUCAAGAGAGUUGGUCUGGCUUCGCUGGUCCUCUAUUGGGCAGAGAAAUUUGAGGGUUUCAUUGAACAAUCUGAGGGUUUUAGAACUCUAUGGAGCAUAUUCAUUAGAAGAACUGUGGGAGGCCGAUAACGAUGCGCCUGUGCAGUUGAGAGAGUUGGUUAUUUAUAAUAGCUUCAAAUUCCAAAGAUUUCCAAACUCAAUAGGAUGUCUCAAGGAACUGAGAAAGAUAGUAAUCGAAGGAAAUACCAAGAUUUUGAGUCUGCCAGAAGAGUUUUGUCGUCUUCAAUCAUUGGAGCACUUGCAAUUAGGUUGCCCUGAAUUGCUAUCGCUGCCCAGCGGUUUUGGCAAUUUGAGAAAUCUGCGGUAUCUCAAUUUAUAUGAUUGUUAUCGGCUCAUGCUUACAUCCGAGAAUUUCCAACACAUGACAAAGCUGGAGUUUUGAAUCUUGGAACCUGCAAGCAAGUGGGAGAGUUGCCUCGUCACAUCACAGAUCAAGCGACCUUGACAAAACUCUAUUUGGAUAAUGUGGGUAGUGUAAGUGAGCUACCAAUGAACAUCAGUCAACUCAGCAAGCUACCAAAGAUAUUGAUAAAGGAUACGUUGUCGAUAAGAAUGCCGCCAUGUCUUGGAGUUUUAAUCUCCAGGAUUAUCAAUCUUAUAAUUGAUAGCUGUCCCAAGGUAGAGUGUUUGCCGUCCUCUCUCGGAAAAUUGUCUUCCUUGACUCAUCUUGAAAUUUCUAGCUGUCCCGUGCUAGAAUGUUUGCCGUCCUCCCUCGGAGAUUUGUCUUCCUUGACUCAUCUUAAAAUUCUUGGGUGUGGCAUGCUAGAAUGUUUGCCGCCCUCUCUUGGAGAUUUGUCUUCUUUGACUCAUCUUGAAAUCGCUCAGUGUGGCAUGCUAGAAUGUUUGCCGCCCUCCCUGUCAGAUUUGUUCUCCUUGACACAUCUUACAAUUCAUGAUUGUGGUAAGCUGAAAUGUUUACCAGCCCCGGGGCGUCUCAUUCACUUAGAGCAAUUAAAAAUAUGGAGCUGUCCAAUUAGUCAAGUGGAUAUUUUGGAGGCGUCUUUACCCAUUGCAUUGGGCAACCUGAAGGAGAUAGUACUAACAGGAGUAAAAGUGCCGAAGAUUUCGAUUUCUGAAGGCUGUUGUCCCUGUCUUGAGAGAUUGAAACUUGGAAGUCAUGAUUUAGUGGAGAUCGAAGCACUGCCAGCAAACCUUGAACGGCUGGAGAUAUCUAACUGUCCAAAGUUGAACAGGCUUCCCAGUUUUGCACAUCUGACUUCUCUCAGAGAGUUUGAACUUAAAUACUGUGGCCCAAUUGAGAAAAUUGGAGGUUUAGAAUACUCCACAAGCUUGGAAAUAUUGAAAGUAGUCAGCAAGUGGGUGGUGCCCAGAAUAGAAAAUUUGAAUCACAUGCCGAUGAGGAGGCUGGAAUUCAUUGCAGAAGAGGGAUCAUCAUUGCACGUUGCAUUUACACAAUAAAGGUAAUAAUUAUAAUAGAUUCUAGCAAUAAAAUUUUAUAAUUAUCAUUAUUUAAUUGUGCGUUGAGUAAAUGUUGUGCAAGGAAUGUGCAGAAAUGGCCAGAUGAAAUCAUGAUCUAUACACGGGCGGUCUCUGAUGCCGCAACUUUCGUAAACUCCUUACUCCUUUCUCCGGAUCUCUCUGUGGUAAUUGGUUCUGACAGUAUAGACACGAGGCCAGGCCCAGCCAUUUUGCUAUGUUCUGUUAUAAAUUGUUUGUCACCAGAACACUUGUACAUAGUUUGUGAUGACGUGGAAACACCUUAUGAAGUGUACGUAGAGGAGGGUAAAUGGGUAUGGAUAGUUUUCUGCACACAACGUUCCGCACACAGAUUGCUCACUGCAUGUGAAAUCGCAAUAGGCCAUAUGGAGGACUUCGGCAAUGGCUACGCAGCGGGCCAUGCCUUCUCCAUCGGAUGCCCCCAUGCCAUCACAUCCGUCGAUGGUGGACGUGUCUAUUCUGGCUUCAAAAAGGCAGUACGGAAUGACUAACACGCAUGUUAGUCGCGUGUUUUACACCAUUGAUUUUGAAGUUAACGGUUGCAAUUGACUAACCUGUCACUAACACGUUGUACGACAGGUUUGUUUUGGAGAUAGAAUAGCUGCGGCCAUCGAUGGCUGUCCAUUCAAACGCAAACGGCCCCAUCAACCUGUAUAUCACAUGGAUCUUCCUACAUGCCUGGUUUUGUGCGCUCUUCCAGCCAUUAAUC